UCAACUGCUUUAAUCGGACUGAUUUAGUGUGAUUACAGGAGACUUUUACUGGUAUUUUCAUAUACUAAACAUAUAUCAUCUGUAUAAAUUGAAAGCGACUUCUUAAAAUCAGCCUCUGAUUGAACUUGUUUUGGUUUUGGUGAAAAGAUUGCUAGGCGUGUUCAAACAGGAAGCCGCGCAACUGCAACUGCGCCAUUACAGUCCUGAGCUGCGCCAUCAAACUUCAGAUCGCUGUUGUGCUUCUUCUAAAUAUAUUACAGAACAGAUAUAUUCUGUGUUUGUUGGAGUUUCGAGGAUCUUAACGGUUAUAUCACGACCGACUGGAACUGAACUGGAAAAAGGAAGCGUUCUUUGUCUGGAGAAGCAUUACGCAAUCCCCAGCCAUUUUGGACUCUUUGAUCCCCAUUCUGACCUUCAAUGUAUCCACCACUUCCAUCAUCCAGCAGUUUUGAGAUGAUGUUGGGAGAAACUCUGGGAAGUCAGAUCGAAUCCAGCCUGGAUAACGUGGAGAACAGCGAACCGUGUCGGCGCACAGCCGCCCUUACCAAAGCCAGACGAGCUCAGUUGAUGAAAGGAAGCAGGAGAGUCCGGGUACAGAACAAAAACGUUCAUAAUCACCAUAACCACAACAACCAGCAAACUGUGGUGGGCUUACUGAGGAACAACACUGGGAGAUUAACCGACAUCAACAAUAACAACAGCGGUGCUGUUCGAUCCUCUGCAGAUCCCCCGCAAAGCAGAACUACUGCACCCAGCAUCCAAACUCACCCCAAACCUGCACCCAGAAAAGAGCUGCUGAAAUCGAAAACAGGAAGCGUAGAACGAGGAAGCCAGUCAGACGGGCCCAGCCAUAGCCCGAUUAAAAACGAGCACUGCACAUCUAACCUGAACACGCGCUCGCAGAGAAGCAGGCACAUCAAAUGUAACAACUGGGGGAAAACGAGGCCUCUGAGCUGGGCAGAUUCCACCAGAUAUGUGAAUAGUUCAUCAUCAUCAUCAUCUUCUGAGGAAAGUUGCAAAGAUGGAGAGAAGACGUAUGCUGGAGCCAAGUUCAGCGAACCACCCUCACCGAGUGUGCUGCCGAAACCGCCAAGCCACUGGGUGGACAAGAACGACACCAAACCUUCCGACAGCAACCGGGAGCAAAUGUCAGUGCAUCUUAAAACCCUGCUGAAGGUCCAGUCCUUGCCAUGACCACCUUUAAUAAUCAAAUUGCCAAUGAAUUAUCAGGCUAAAAAGAAACAAAUUCUUACCAAUCAGCCAAAAAAAUUAAAAUGUCACUUAGUGAGCGUUUUCACAUGCACACAAUCCAGUUUUAUCAGAUUUUGGCAGUUAUCAAUUUCGUUAUAUACUCAGGAAACGAGCAUAUUACAGUAUUUUUAACUGGUAAAAAGCUAAUAUCAGAUAUCAAGAAAUCUGAUAAAACCCCUAAGAUUCAGCUUAAUAAUUGGGUUAUGUUGCUAUUUUACACUCUGGAUUUAAGAAAAGCUCCUUGUUUUAGAAAAGCCCAAUUUGCAAGCAUAAAAUCUCCCAAAAUCAUAAUAAUUUGAAAGUUUGCAUUCCAAUGGUUUUUAAAUGACAAAAAGUAUAAUUAUUUUAUUAUUUAUCUACCAAAAGGACAUUCCUUGGCUUGGAUAUAGGAGCAAUCUCAUUUUUAUGAAAAACUAAUGGUAUUCAGAUCUGAUUAUGAGCAAUGGUGUCUUUGUCUUUAGUCGCCUAGAAUCAAUGAUUAGUAUCAGAAUGGAUUUGACACACUUUUCAAUCAUAUAACUCGAGUGCACUUUGUCAGCUUUCUGUUAAGAGAUUGAAAGUGAAAAAAACUAAAUCAGGACAUCUUCAUAAGAUACCAGAAGAAUGAAAUUUAACCAGGACCCACAUGGUCAAGAGUCCUGAUUUUAAAUCUGUAUUAAUAAAGCAUUAAGCAGGUUUAUUAAUAAUAUUAAGAAGGAAAAAAAACCAACAUAAGAAACAACAUUAAAAAAAGGUAUACCGCAUUUAGAAGUUUUGAGAUUACCUCACAUGCAAAGUUUCCGUUUGUAAAAUUCCAUAUAUUUAGAGAGGUAUGCAGACUUUUGCACUUAUUAGUAUCCAGUAACAUCAUGUCACCUUGUGCUUCCUACCAACCAAAAAGAAAUGCAUAACAGCACAAGUACAUAGGCAUCAUCUCAAAGCACAUGCUACUAUAUCACACAGAACAUUACAUGUGAGUGAACCAGUAGUAUCACUAUUUUGCCAUACUAUUUAUAUUUAGUAUGGUAGUGUGUGGUUUCAGACAGACAUUAUACCACUAAUAAGCUAAGAUUUAAAAAGGUCUGAUGCUACAACCUCAUCACUGGGUAGUUUUACUACCUGCAGACAAUCAUACUAAAUGAAAUUAAUUUAAUGACCAUGAUGGAUCCGAAUCAUAUUAAACCCUUAAAUCAAAUCCCUGCCAAAAUCUGGUUUCGUAUUAUUGUGUACAUGUAAACACACUCAAUGCAACAGGUGUUGAGUUUUGCAUCAAUUCAAAAAAGUCUUGUUUGUCUUUAAAAAGCGACCUUGUGUUUAUAAUGUUUUUUAAACUUGUGUGAAUGUAAAUAAUCUAAGAAAUGUAAUAUAUGUGUAUAUUUCUUUUUAUGGAAGAGUAAAUCUAGUUUUGUUACUGAGAUGAAUGAUGCUCAUCAUGGUGCAUCAUGAUCUGCUGGUAUGCUCUUUGGAAGUGUACUAAUUGAGGUACAGGAGACAUUUUAGGGCACAUUACAUUGCUUAGUUUUGCACAAGACUGAAAACCAACACGGGUCCCUUAUAGGUGGGAGGAUAGAUAAUUGUGGCUGUGUAGGGUUCUGUGAACCCAGCCAUAUUUUGUAAGGGCUGCUAUGGAUGAAUGCAUUAUGUAUGGACUGGGCUGUCUCGUUCCUGGGACACAGCUGAUGAAAGACAGUGGAAGUCUAAAUGAAAGGACUUUGGUGUUGUAUAAACACUGCCUAUCAUUUUAGAGCUAACAAAUUGACUUCCACAAACCCAUAAUCUACAAGCACCAAGCUUCUUAUACCGGACACUUUAUUUCUUAUUGUUUUGUAGCACUUUCAGCACUGAUCCUGGUUUUAGACUGAGAACGUUGUAAUUGAGCAGGAUGUUCACUGUAAGAGAAGGCUAUAUGUGAAGUGUUUACAUGUGUAUGAUGAAAGCCAGGCAGCUACCAGCUUCCUUUUUCUUUUGUAUUAAACUUUCACAGGACUCAAGACAUUUUUGCUUUACCAAAACCCAACACAUUUGUUGCCAUUGUGAUUUUUUUUUUUUUCUUGAAUUUGAACAGUUUUAAUGUUUUAAAAAAACUUGAAUUCCCAUUUAUUGUAUUGGUAAAAUAAACGUUAUGAACGUUUUUAAAGGUAUUGAAAUAAAGAAUUUGGCCAUCCCCUUA